UCCUGGGUUCCAGCAUCAAGAUGGCAGGGAGAAGAUUGAAAUUUAACCCUGGCUUAAAGUUAUUGCCCAUCAAAGUAGACACGACACAGACAGAUCACGCUAAACCACCGGGCAACCUAGACAACAAAGCUACACUCAGUAUCAGCGGGAAGGGGGAGGUUGAAGUAUCAGCAGAUGAUCUCGUUGAACAGAUCAAGCUGGGCGAGGGGGCAUAUGGAGUCGUUCACAAGGUCAUGCACGCCCCGAGCGGCACACUAAUGGCCGUCAAGAAAAUACGAGCUCAGGUCAACAAACUUGAAGACACGCGCAUCUUGAUGGACAUGGACGUUGCUAUGAGAAGCUCUGAUUGUCAGUGGACAGUAGAGUUCUAUGGAGCCUUAUUCCAAGAGGGUGAUGUGUUAAUCUGCAUGGAGGUUAUGGACACGUGUCUGGAGAAGUUUUACAAGGAAGUCAAAGUCAGAAAUACCUUUAUACCGGAAAAUAUAGUCAGCCGAAUAGCAUUCUCGAUUGUCAGUGCCCUCCACUACCUCCAGACCAACUUAAAAGUCAUGCAUCGAGACGUUAAGCCCUCCAACGUUCUUGUCAACCGCAAUGGAAUGAUAAAGAUGUGCGAUUUCGGCAUCAGUGGUCGCCUCGUUGACUCGGUUGCCAAGACGAUAGAAGCCGGAAGUAAACCAUAUAUGGCGCCGGAGAGAAUCGAUCCUGAUAUUACUGGUAAUGCUAAAGGAUAUGAUGUCAAGUCAGAUGUAUGGAGUUUAGGAAUAACAAUGUUUGAGCUAGCAACAAAUGAGUUUCCAUAUGAGAAGUGGGGGACGCCGUUUGCUCAACUGAGACAAGUGGUGAAGGAACCCUCACCGAAGCUACCUGGAGGGAGGUUCUCAGCACAACUAGAGGACUUUGUGGAUCAGUGCCUAAAAAAGAAAUACACAGAAAGACCAACAUAUACAAGACUAAUGAGACAUCCGCUUAUCAAGAAUCACGAAACUGUCACCGACAAGGAUGUAGCUGAGUACGUCACAAGUAUCCUAGAUUCACCAAAAUAAUGAUAAGUUGUUUACUGUUUUUUCAAUUGUUAACAACUCUAGUUGAAAAUACUUGUUUUUCCCCAAAACUGUAUAUCCUUAAACAAAUCAAAACCCAAGUUUCUCAAACCAGAGUUUGUAAAACGCUUAACUCUAGUUCGUAUUUGAAUAUUUCACGGGGCAUUAAGACAAAGACCAGAGCUGCAACUGUUUUUGUUGUGUUGAAUUUGUACAAAGCCUGUAGAUGUUCAAAUUGAACACCAUUUUCAAGCAAAUGUUUAGUUGUACUAAACUUGUAUGAUUCGAUGUGUACACAGGGCAUUCAUUGUACAUAGCGUUGUAAGUAAGGAGGAAAAUAAUAAAUGUGCAGCCUGAUACUUAAUGGAAGGAAUGGAGCUUAUUGCCUCCAUGCCCCCUGGGGGAUUGCCUCGGUGCCCUUUGAAAUAUUCCAGUAGAAAUUAAGCUCCUCUUGUGGAGGAUCCGUGCAAUAAGAACAAAAAUUCCCUUGCCCUCACAGAAACAAAGUACAUGUAUUAGGCCUACUGUGUCCGGGCAUAGGUUGGGCACCAGAGGGGCAAAGGAUGGGCAAUAAGAGCAAGCAGACCGUGCCCUGUCUUUAUCUGUA